AUGUCUAACAGUGUCCUUAAUAAUUGGAAUUUACUUUUAUUAUUUGAGAUUGGGAUAGUCAUCUUGAUUAUAACCUUAAAAUUUAGAACUAAAUUCCGCACUAGGGUUAAUUGUUGGUUUUGCAACACAAAUUCGAUGGUGCGAUAUGAACAAAAAAAUUCAUGGAUUUGUCCACAAUGUGAACAGUAUAAUGGGUUUACUCCGGAUGGUGACUACAAUCAGGAUAUUCCAGCUCAGUAUUGUGCAAAAUUGAACAAAACACCAAAACGGAAGAAUAAAAAUUCCCCUGAGUCUUCAUUUUUGUCUGCAACUGCUGGAAGCCCUUCAUCGAAUGGUUUGUGCAAUUCAUGUAACCGGAAUCAGGAGCUGAAAGUACAGCAAUUGGCAUUGUUUACCCCCAAAAGUGAAAAAACGUAUUUUGAAGAAGUUGAAGCGUUCCGUAAACAUCUUGAUGAGGCAUAUUUCUUAUGCAAAGAUUGCGAAAGUGUUGUCAAAAGGCAACUUACUAAAGUUAAAAGGAGAAUAUUGGGUCUACUGAAUAAACCACUUACGCCAAUGUCCAAGAAGCUUAUUGCUAGCACUCCUACUAAAGUUACGCGCUGCAGUAUUGCUGGUUACAUUACGCUGGCACUGGCUAUAUUGAAUGUUCUUAAAACAUAUCAGCGUUCUUCAAGACUUCAAGCAUAUAUUAUCACAAAACAAUCUGAUUUAUGGAUCAAUUACACUAAGAGCAUCAUAAACUAUACGACAGUAAUUUUCGAAUUUGUUAUCAUAAUUGCAAAUAACAUCAAAUCACGAUUCUGGAUUAGUGCCAUGAAUAUUUGGGCUACAGUUGCAACCUACAGUUCAUCAUUAAAUCCAUUAAAUAUUAAUAGUGAAUUUAGUCACAUUCUCACAGAAGAUUUUAUUAUUCAAUUCCUGGGAAUAGCAAUAUCACUUUGGAUCCUAUAUCAAAGUGAUAUUAGGAAUCAGAAUAAAUCAGUUGUAAUGUUAUUGACUUGGAGCGCAAAUUUUUUACAUGGUUUUUUGGAUGAAGAUACUGUGCUCACCGAUGUGUUAUUUAUAAUAUUGUCUGCAGCCACUUUGGCUUCAUCUCUUUGCCAUUUAAAUGGCGAUUCAAAAAGUUUCCGAAAUGACUUGAACAAAAGUUUCCACAGGAUAUAUACAGAUUUCAGUGAUUCGGAUGACUUGGAGGAUAGUGAUUCUAUUGAAAUAGACAGAAAAAUUGGAUUGUCACCCGUCAAAACAAAAUAUCCAAUUCAAAAUUUCAUGAGUACAAGGGUGCAAUUGAAUUCAUCGCUAAAAGAUAAAAACUAUGAGAGCAUGGACGACACAUUUUACACAAUUAGAAGUUCAAAUGCAAAGAAUAAUACUGAAGAUUAUCGCGGAAGUAGAAAUAGUCUUUAUUACUCACCUGAAAAUCCACGUAGCAUCCAAGGUCCUCAUAAGUUUGGUGAAUGUACUCUGAAACCAGCUGAAUCUUUUGAAAAUUUAUCAUUAUUUAAUGAGUCUCUGCGCAGCUUCGGGGAUCGGAAUCAACACAUGAUAUUGAACUGUGCAAACAACUUUAAAAAUGAGGAAGUUUAUUCGGGUAUUAAAAAACUGAGAUUAAAUGAUUCAAAUAACACCGAAAGUUCAAAUCGUUCACCUGUUCAUCUGAUGCGAAAGUCUAAUCGUCAUCUGCAGCAAUCUGAUUUCACAUUGUCAUAUGCAAAGAGGCUACCCCAUCAUUUGGUAACACAUAAAUCUUGGGUGGCCGGUGGAUUUUGGAGUGGUUCACCCCAAAUGAUGUCUUACAACAGCAAUCAUAUAAUCAAUCAUAUCAACUUAAAGGAAAAUUUUCAUCCAAUUGAGUCUCGUUCAUCUUCACAAUCGUCAGGAUUUGAAUCUAGGCCAAAUUCUGCCCAUGACAAUACAAAAACACAUAAUUCACGUGAAAGUUCUAUUAGUGAUGACGACGAAAUAAGCUCUGCAUUCUCUGAUGAACAGUUUUCUGUAAAAAACCAUAAGAAUAAUGCUGUUCCUUUAAUAAAUCAGCCACUUCCUAUUUUUCCAAUUAAUUCAAACACAACAAAAAGUGUUAUUCAACCAUCGAGAUUUAUUAAAAAUAAAUAAUUGUUUGAACUGUCAA